AUGGACCAGAUUUUUAACUCUUCAAUUCAAGAAGACGGUGAUAACAAAAAGAGAUUUUAUAUUGCAAUAAGCGACGACGGAAGGGAGAUAGUCAAAUUCGAUACAUACACUCGAAUUCUAGAAACAUGGCAAGUCUCUUAUUCUCAGCGCAUCGGGAAGCCUCAGUUCGAAUCAACAGGCUUCAAUUGUGUUGUCAAAAGCGAUUAUAUAUCUACUUCUGAGAGUCUAGCACUUGAGAUGCCAACAUGGAGUAUUGCUAUAUCUAAUGCAAUAAAUAGCGACGGAUUCACUAUUGUUGCACUAUCUUUUUAUGUUGCGAAUAAAGAGACUGAUAAGGAAGAGCGAGAAAAAGAAAAUCCAUAUAAAGAGAAUGAAGGUGAAGAUAGUGAGAAGAAUCUGCCAGAUCGUUCUUCUACUCGUGUGUUUAUUAUGGGAGGUUCAAGGAAUACAGAUGAGGAAAAGGCGAGUUCCACAAAGAACGCACGAAGAAUAGGAACAUCAGUGGACUAUAUAGCUGGAAUAGUCAAUUUUACUCUGCUUCCCAACUCUAAUUGGCUGCUUACCGUGUUGAACAAAGAACGAAUAUUUCAGCACAAAAUUGAUCCAAAUAAGGCAGACGAUUUUUCGAAAUUCUCUCGGACUAGCAUCCCUCGCACAUAUGGACGUAGCAGAAAGUCAAUCAAAAAAUCCGGGGGGCAAUUACAAACUGACGAGGAACAGUUUCAAUUGCUCACAAGGAAUAUAAAGUCGCAUUUAUAUUUUGAGACUGGGGUAAAAGAUGCGGUUCACGCAUAUGAUCUAAAGGACGGAAAACACAUCUUAGAAUUCUCUAAUCACAACAACCCGAAUCUGGUUGGCUUCGAAACACCGAUAUACGCAAUAUCAAAGAAUCGUGUCUUAUUAGCUGCCUGUCUUGAUAAUACAUCUGUCGGCAUAUAUCUGCUGGAGAAUAGUUUGGAAUGUGGAAAAAAGAAUCUGAUGGAAACUCAUAGAGUAACGCUGAUAGAAUUCAUUAAUGAUGACGAACAGCUAUUAAUUUUGAAAGAAGAUAGAAAGACACGUGCUGUGGAGGUUACUAUAUGGGAAUUGUUUACAUGCAGACCUGUCAGGAAUGUAAAAAUUAACGAGCUAAAUAAGUUCUUCCAAAAACCCUCCAAUAUUCUUUAUUCUACCGGCUGCGCUGGUAAUGUGCCAAUAUAUAUUACUGACGACGGAAGAUUAAGAUCAUUUCUUGAACAUAUAACUCUUGAUUCAGAGGAAGAGUCAUUAGACGCCAUUAAUGAAACAGCAUUAGAAUGUCGAAAAGUGUACGGAUUACACAAAAGUACAAACAGGCUGGAAGAGUCAACUCGGGUGAUUGUAAAUAGAAUAGAGCCAUGGAUACCCGGUAGUGGCAUAAUAGGUGUGUGGUUAGAUGUAGACAAGAGAAAACAAUUUAUUAUUGGACAGACGUGUGUACAAUUAUGGAAAUAUACCAAGAACGGUAAACCUCGAUUACUGUACAUGUACAUAAAACCCGAAAAUAUUGAGAAAUCUACGGAAGAAGAGAAACUUACUUCAGGCUACAGCACUGACAAGCCCAGAAUCACUAUCGAUGGUGAGAAAUUCCAUUUCUCAACGGCAGAUGACGAGAAUUCUGAACAUAACUUGGAGAUCCGGUGGCCGCUCGAUCCUUGUAAAGUGGUUAUCGAUGCAUGUCGGGCACUCCAUUGGCUAGAGGAAAAGAAAAAACGAUAUGUAGAUGACGGGUCCAAGCAAAAUAGACGCACCUACAUUAUAUUUUAUGAGCUGAAACAUAAGCUCACCGAUGUUGUUCGAAGAUUCAUUCAAAAACAUCCUAAUGAAUGGCGCCUACUCGAAGUGCGAUAUGAGUUGAUGCAAUGGUUACUUAGUGGAGGAUGUUCUCGUCUGAUAAAAGAUAUUAUCGCAGUAAGUGAUGUUCCGGAAGGUGAGGAUAGCGUUAGUGAAGGAAGUAAAUAUAUACGAAACCGGCAAAUACCACUCCACUUUCCGCGAGUGCACACAUGGGAGGCUAAUGAAUACGGAAACCCAGGGAAAAAAGAUAGCGACUUGAUCAUAGCUAUCAAAAAGAAGUAUAAGUUGACUGACAACUUCCUCACCUAUUACGCUCACUUUUCCAACGAACAUUUUGGUUGGAUAUGCACAGUAGGAAAAGCCUUACCUCUCCUAUUUGGGAAAGAUCUGCGGAUGGUUCUUAUUAAUCUCGUUGCAAUAGAUUUAGAUAUCCCUAAAAACAGAUUUUUUGCUCAUCCAACAUUCGCGGGAAGACCUACAUCACAGCAUGAAAUUCCCUUAAGGACGGAUCCCGAGAAGCGCCCUGAGAAUUACGUAAAAGUUUUGCGUCGUAUCCCAAUGCCAUGCGAUGAGGAUGUGGCCAAGUUGCUUCAGCAGUCUAUUAAUGACGAGUAUAGCGAAAUUUUCUUUGAUAACCCAGCUAUUGUCGGACUUAUUAAUUCGGCAUGGGAAAUAGCCUCUUAUAAUUAUCAAUCAUAUGUGAUAUUGAAUACUCAAAAAGAUUACAUUGGGAGUAUAAUAUUACACAUCCUCACUGCUGCUGCUACAUUUAUGUUAUGGCUCAAAUUCCUGAUGCUUUUGAAACCUUAUGAAGGUACUGGCACUUAUGUAUACAUCGUCAUUAGCAUAUUCGAGCAUAUUUCGGCGUUCUUUGUAUCAUUUUUUAUUCUUGUGUUUGCAGUUGGACACACCAUGUAUGUGUUUUUACAUGAUCCAUCGGAUAUUAAAUUAACACCAAAUGCUCUUGAAUUCGGUGUCAAUCUGACAACUCCCGAUGGCGUCGUCGGGACAAAUUACACCGUGUACCAGAAAUUAGAUGAAGAAGAUGUCUCGGACAAUGGCUUUGCAAGCUUCUGGAACUCGGUAAUUUCAGCUUAUGGCUGGACUAAUGGAAGAUGGGACGGUCUGGAUUGGGACUACUAUCCGCUUAAAAUAUUCGUCAUUGCCUCGAGUUUACUUCUAGUUAUUGUUAUGUUGAACAUCCUUAUUGCUAUCAUUGGAGAUGUAUAUGUCGCCGCUAAGAUAACUGGUAGACGAGAAAUCGUAAGGUCGCGCGCAAUAUUUUUGGUGUAA